AUGGAUAAUCAACACCACACAUCAAAUAAAAUUUCAUACGAACUUAUUGUUUAGAAAUAGCAUUUUUAACUUAAUUCCUGUAAUGCUAUAGCUAUUGAUACUAAUAAUUCAAUUGUAGUCUUUGCAGAAGAAUCAAGAAUAAUAACCUGUUAAUUCAAAUAUUAAUUCAAAAUCAGUUCUUCUAAUACUAAUACUCUAAAUUUCUUCAAAUUUAGAUAACAAUUUAUAUCUGGGUGUUAGAAUUCAUCAAUUUAUAUAUGGUCAAUCAAUAUGAUAGCAAAUUCUAAAUACAUUUAAAAGUUGUAAGCUAAUUCAGGUUCUACACUUUGUAUGUGCAUCUCCAAAUUAGAGGAUAAGGUCGUGACUGGGCACUAUGAAAAUACUAUAAAAAUUUGGGGUUAAUUUGAAUUACAUCCACAAUAAUGGUCUUGCGUAGAAAAUUUGUUUGAUCAUGCAGGAGCAGUUUAUGGAUUGUCCAUGAACGAAAAUUAAAAUAAAUUAAUAUCUUGUUCAAAUGAUCAAUAAAUAUUAGUUUAUUAAAUUUCAUAACAAAGUUAUAAUUGGAUCUUACAAUAAAUAAUAAAAAAUGAUGGUCUGCGUUUAUGCUUUAUUAAAAAUGAUGUCUUUGUAUUUCAACCUUUUGCAGCCAAUAAUCUAUAAAUAUACUUAUUUGACAAAUUAUCUUAAGAAUUUAUAAAAACGCAAAAAGUCUAGAUUUAAGAAGGAGGUUAAUUUUGUAAUGAAUCUUUCCCAUGUAUUUAUAAUCCUAAAAAAGGAAUUAUAUUUGAUAAAAGUAGUUACAAUUUAAAUAUUUUAAAGUGUAAAUCAAAAUAAGACCUUAGAAUCAAAGAUAAUAAUUAGAUUGAUUUCAUUUUAGAAGAUUCAAUUGAUUUUGGUGAUGAAUAUUUUUGCGGAUCAAUUAGUGAUGAUGGAGAGUAUUUAAUUAUUUGGAAUAAUGAAUAAAAGGAAUUAUCAAUUAGAAAGUAUAAGGAGUAAUGA